CGGGCCGCAGGAAUCUCCCGCUCCCCGGCUCUGGCUGUGGCCUACGUUAUGUACCGCCUGGAGAUGGACCUGGACCACGCCUACAGGUUUGUCAAAGAGCGCCGACCCACCAUUUCCCCAAACUUCAACUUCCUGGGACAGCUGCAGCUCUUCCAAAGCACCCUCAACCAGAAGGGCCCCGGCGGCGACCCGAUGGCGCGGCAGCAGGAGAACCAGGGGCCCUCGGCGGAUGAGACAGUCAGCAGGUCUUUGUGCAGUCAGAACCAGAACUAUCUGAGUCAGUCCGUCUCUGCGGACCCCUCACAGUCCAGAUGCUCACUACUCCAUGACAGUGGGAAGCAGCAGGGGCCACAGACUCUGGAUCAGAACCACCAGUGCAGCAGGGGCCCUCAUGAGGCCCAGAGCACAUGUCUACAAUUCCCAUUAGGUACUGCUUCCCUCCUAGAGAGACGGAAAAGCCUCUCCCUCUCUUUGAGGCCCCUGGGGACCUGCACCCCCCCUCUGGCCAGCAGCAGUCCUCAGUCUGCAGGGGCCCCGCAGCCAGAGGAGGUGCUCAGGGGCCCCUGCCAUAGCCAAAGCCCAGUGAAGGUGCGGGGCCCGCUGUCCCCAUUCAGCCUCUCCCUGAACAAGCUGCUGGAGUGGGGGGAGAGGUUGCUGCUGGGGGGCCUGUUUGUCCCCCCUGUGAGGAUGGGGCAGCCUUCUCUGUCCUACAGAUACUGAGGGGGCGGGUCUUUGCAUGUUCCCCAUAUCAUUUCCUGUUCCUCAUCAUUUCCCCUCAGCUGAAUGUCAACGGAUUCCUGACAGUCGGUUGCUUCUGUCUGCAGACAUUUUGCUCCACAGCUUCAUAUCUAUUAAAGAUUUUCCUCCAAACAAG